AUGAGAGUAACUAUAUUGAUAUUGGCAACUUUAACAAUUAGUACUAUAGUAUAAGACGAUGAGGUUCUUAUCCAAUAAUUAGCUGAAAAAAUAAAAGAGAAUUUUGAGCAAUUAUCAUAAUUAGAUAUAAGAUUACAAACUAUUAAAUAAGCAAAGUUAAAUUAAAUUGCUGUAUUAUAAUCAGCUAUCUCUGAUCAAAAAGGAGAAUGUUAUAAGAGAGAAUAAGAUGUAAAAUAUAAUAUAAAUUAAAUAGGUAGAAGCCAAAUAAACAGAAAUAGAUUUAGCAAAUGAUUACAUAAAUUGGAUGAUAUUUAAUUGGGAGAGCAAUAAUGAUAGAAUUAGUCUACUUUCAAAUAAUGUUUGUGAAAAAAAUAAUAAUUUUUUGUAUGAGUUCAAGAGUGCAAGAGUGUUAUUGAGAUUAAUUGCAUAUUAAAGAGCAAAAUUGUAAGAUUAAUUAUCAAAAUCAUUGACUUAAGUAAAUGAGAACAGAAUAUCAGAAUUAUAAUGGAUUGUAAAUGCUUAUAAGGAGUACAGAAAAAUGAAUAUGUUAUAAAUAAAAUAAGAAGAUUUUGAAUUAAGUGGAACUAUUGAAUAAUUGAUAGAAUUGUUAAAUUAGAUGAAGAAGGAAAUAUAAGAGGAUGUUGUUAAUGGAUUAAAUGGUUAAGUCUAAAUUGGAGUUACAUUGUCUGAAUUCAAGUUUAGGAUUGAAAAUGAAAAUGAUAUAUUCAAUCGACAAAUUGAAUUAUAAGAUGAUCUCAUCACUGUAUGAUAAUUGUUAAAUUCUAGCAUUUUUAAAACUAAUUGAUUAGCGUAUAUGAUAGAGUUGAUAAAUGUUAAUCUAGAUUGAAGGAAAUUGAAUAUACUCUAUUAGUAGCUGAAGAAGAUUUGAGAUACGAUUAAAAAUUGGUUGAUGAACAUAGAUUAAUAUUAUAAGAAGAAAUUGAAUUAUUUGAUGGGAUGAUGAAAUAUACUUAGAGUGUUAUUAUUGAAGAACAUGCUAAAGGUAAUAAUGUGGAUAGUAAAAAUGAAUAAUCUGGAUAAAUAUUUAAUUUUGAUUCGAAGUUAGGGACACACAGAAAAUAAUAGAGAUGGAGUAAUAGAUUUUAUAUCAUUAAAAGAAGUAUCUAAUGCAUAGACAUCCUCAGAAGAAGAAGUAAAUGAUGCACAUCAACAAGUACAUAAUUCUGAUUCUAAUAAUAAUAGAGGUGAUGUAUAAUUGAUUAAUUUAAAUAGAAAAUAUAAUUUCAUUAUUUGAUUUUCUAUUUAAUAAACAACAUAUGA